ACUGGCCGCCGGUGUUGUGUUGUGCUUGUAGAUGUAGGUCACCAAACUAACACGCACCAGCUAUAUCACUUACAACAGCUCCUGAUGGAAACACGUGUUUGAAGCAGAGCGAAUAAACUCGACGAAAGCGUUAUAAGGAAUGUCUUGGAAUAAGUAUGUUGUUAGUGAGAAUGUCCCGGAGACUGAAGCCACGCCCCUCACACCCCUCGGCGCAGACGAGGGAUCUGUGGGAUCACAGUCGGAGGGCAGCUCUUCAAGGUACGAGCCGGUGACGGUGUGUGUGCCAGCCGAGCUGCCACCCGUGGUGCCAGUGACGGGCGAGUCCUUCUGCCAAUGUCCAGCUCAAACAGAGCUCAGCUCAGAUGCCCAGAUCAACCCCUACACCCUCAGCUGCACCUGCGGAGAGGAAGAACAGGGGUGUGACUGGGUUUGGGACGAGGAGAGCAAAUCAUCCUCGGUGUCUCUGAGCUGCUUUAACCAGAAGGUGAUCUUCCACUCGGAGUACAGCUGUGGAACCGCCGCCAUCAGAGGAGCCAAGCCUCUCAGCGACGGACAGCACUUCUGGGAAAUCAAGAUGACAUCUCCCGUCUACGGCACAGAUAUGAUGGUUGGUGUCGGGACAUCAGAAGUGAACCUGGAUCAGUUUAAACAUAGUUUCUGCAGUCUGCUGGGCACGGAUGCAGACAGCUGGGGUCUGUCUUAUACAGGUCACCUACACCAUAAGGGGUCAAAGGUGAACUUUUCAUCCCGGUUCGGUCAAGGGUCCAUAAUCGGGGUCCAUCUGGACAGCUGGCACGGCACCCUGAGCUUCUAUAAGAACCGCCGCUGCAUCGGCAUAGCAGCUACUCACUUGCAGAAUAAGCGUCUGUAUCCGAUGGUGUGUUCGACUGCGGCCAAGAGCAGCAUGAAGCUGAUCCGUUCACAUUCUGCGGCCACAACAUUACAGUAUCUGUGCUGCACACAGCUGCGCAAAAUGCUGCCCAACUGCGCAGACGCUCUGCGUGAGCUGCCUCUGCCGCCGGGUCUGCGUCUGCUGCUGGCUAACCAGCUGGGAUGGGUGCUGACCCUCGGUGCUGACCCUCGAUCCUGCAAACUCAACAGGGAAGACAAGGCCACACAAACAGAAGACGGCGAUGUUGAGAAAUACACAAGCCAUUUUCCUUCCCACAAUCCUUCUGACAACGAACGCGUCUUUAUUCCUAGUUCCUUCUCUGAUAACCCCGGUUCCUACCACAGUAAAGAUAAGCCUCUUGAUUCUACUUCCUGUCCAGAUGAUGCGCAUUAUCAAGAUGGCGUCUCCGUAAUGGAUGUAGCCUGUUACCUUGAUCCCUCCUCCGCUUCUGACCUCUACUGUGGCUCCGCCCCCAGCCCUGAUCAUAAUUCCAUACCUGACCCUAAAUAUCAGCACAGAUCUGCUUCCUGUUCUUGCUGUGGCUCGCCAGAAUCUGUUUCCGGUGACGACUGUAAAGGAAAUGAUGCCAGUUCUGUGUGUAAACCGGAACACAGCGGUUCUUGCAUUCUAUGCUCCUCCUACACUCCACCAGACCACGCCCCUUUUUGGCCUGACUCCGCCUCUGAGAGCGGCUCGGAUGGCUUCUCUGCAGAGCUAGAGAUGUAUCAGAGGAAACGCUGCCGCUGGACAUGAGACACACAGUGUGUACUUGUAAAUCACAGGUCAAAGGUCACAUUUAAGGGCAGAGUUCAUGGUUUACUCACACUUGUUCAAGUAAGACUGCAUGAUUAACCCAAAUUGUGAUAUGAUUCUGUGCGAUUUUACAAUCGCAAAGACUGCUAUUUAAUUAAAAAUGUCAACAAAAGAAAACUGGUAAAGAGAAGCACUUAGAAAAUAUCUGUUGUUUGCAAAAAUAGGGCUUCAUUGGCUCCUUGAUGUUUUUCUGCCAAAAAUAAUGUUUGAAGAUUUAGAAGAAAUUAAGCCAUAUAUAUUAGUAUUGUAAUUUGGCAGUUAUACUCUAAAAUAAUGAUAUGAAUUAUACAAAUUUUACACAAAACAUUUUUGUUAAAAAUAUAAUUUUAUCACUAAUCAGCAACAACAACAACAAUUGUUAUUAUUAUUAAUUAUUACUAUUACUACAAGUCAUAAAUAUAAUCACAUAUUUUUUAGGCAAAUUUUGCCGGCCUACAAACAGUUUUUAAAAGAGCAUUUUAAACCACAGUCACAAUUUUUAUCAGAAAUUUUUCAAAUUUCUUCUCCAAAUUGUGCAGCCCUAUGUAUGAGUCUUUAUUUAUGACCUCAUUUGAAGUCCUGCAGAACAAAGUAAGUCAUGUGGGUUUGGACAAAAUUGUCAUUCUUAGGUGAACUAUUGCUUAAAUACACACGGCAUCAGUUCAACUCAAACCAAUCAUCCUCAUCCCCUGCCAAGCUGUGAAAAUACAUUCACUGGACUUGUUGUGAAUCAUGAAUCCAGUGAAUCAGUGUCCGUAGUAAUCUACUUCUUUUUUUCCAAAUAGUUCAUUCAUUAUUCAGGAUUCAGGAUUGGGUUAAAGAUCGAAAUUUCUCAUAAACUUGCUCACUUCCAGUGCCAAUGUUUCUAGUCAGGUGACCCUUUUUUGAGAAGGUUUAUCUUCCACAUGCCAAACUAUUUGCAGCAGUAUCAUUGAAAUAUUGUAGUCAUCAUUUUGUUUGAGUUCAUUCAUUCAGACUUUGGGAGACGAGUUCAUGAAAAACCAGCGCAGGUUCAUAUCUGAGCCUGUCAAUCAGACUGUUAAUUACAGCAUUACAUUAUUUAUCCUGAUUCAAUAUCAGAGAGCUACAGCUCUGCUAUGACAGCUAACUGCAUGUCUGAUGUGAUAAACACCGUAGAGUGUGUGUUUUCAGUUAGGACUGUGUGUGUAUUCACUUAACAUUUAUUCAUUAGUUUAACCCCAUUCUGUAAUUAUUCAUAUUUGAGUCCUCGCUAUAUAUGAAUGAAUGGUUUUGUACUCUUUUUCAUGUUUUCUUACUGAUUACAUUGUUUUGAGGUAAAAAAAAACAUAAGUGCAUGUUUGCAUGUAUAUAUAAUUUGUUCUUUUUAAAUUUGUGUUUCACCAAUAUUAAACUUCUGAGCAUAACUCAUCCCAAA